AUGAGUGGACAUGAAAUUGGUUUAUUAUUUCGUAAAGGCUGGUUUACUAGAAGAAUUUUUAGUACUGUAAUAAUUUUCGCAGUCUCUGAUGCAUUUGUUAAAUUUGAAUAUGGAAUACCAUUUACAUUCGAUUUCGAAUCUACUACUUGGGAAUGGUGGAAUAAUCCCAAAAAUCGUGAAAAGUAUUCUUUAUACAUAUAUAUUCACAAUUUUUUAGUUAUUAACAUAUAUUCUAUCAUUUAUUAA